UUUUUUUUUUUUGCUUCCUCAAACACCGUAGUUGAAAUGGGUGAACCUACAUGUUUUAGCAUGAAAUUUUUUUAUGGUGGAACAAUGAGGCAUGAACCAAAAUUACAGUUUAGAAGACCUCAGAAGAAAAUGACAGUAACAGGCAGAAGAAACAUAAUUGGAUCCUUUAAGCCAAGUCAAUCUUCUCCAACAAUCCAGGCUCCAAUGAUUGUAAAGGGAGGUGUUAAUUUCAUAACACUAUCCAAUUUAGCAUCAUCAGUGACCAAUCAACUGAAGGGAAACUCAGGCUCUGAAAUUGGUGCAAGUUCUUCUAAGUCAGCCUCUGCAUCCAUCACAAAUUCCAAGGCAUCUUCCAAGUCAGUAGUUGCUUCCAAGCCAUCUUCCAAGUCAGUAGUUGCUUCCAAGUCAGCCUCCAAGAUGAAGAAGUGAUCAAGUUUGAACAAGAUUGUACUU